CUCUCCACUGCAGGUCGUCUCCGUCUGACUCCUCUGUUAUUUGAGGACCUGAUUGAGGACCAUGGGCGUGCUGGACAUCCUGUCGUCCAUCAGAGACCGAGCCGACAAGUUUCUGAACGAGAAGAACGUGGUGACAGACUUCCUGGGGAAGUUGGAGGAGAAAACAGGGAUAAAGAAGAAGAUCAUUGCAGUGGGUGCCGUCUCACUGACAGGACUCUACCUGGUGUAUGGAUAUGGUGCCGCCCUCCUCUGCAACCUGAUUGGUUUUGUCUAUCCAGCGUAUUAUUCAGUCAAAGCCAUUGAAAGUGCGAGCAAAGAAGACGACACAAAAUGGCUGACGUACUGGGUGGUGUAUGGUGUCUUCAGCCUGGGCGAGUUCUUCUCCGAUAUUUUCCUCUACUGGUUCCCGUUCUACUACGCUUUUAAGUGUCUCUUCCUGCUGUGGUGCAUGGCUCCGAUGUCGUGGAAAGGCUCCCAGAUCAUCUACAACAAAGUGGUUCGACCCAUCUUCCUCCGCCACGAGGCCACAGUGGACAACAUGGUGAGCGACCUUGGCGGGAGGGCCAUGGCUGCUGCAGAGAACCUCACCAGAGAAGUCCUGUCCACACUGAUAAAGAAUAAAGCUCUGGUGAAUCCUGCACCGUCAGUUGCGCAGCCUGAAGCUAAAAGUUUACCAAGUUCAUCCGCAGCUAAAGUAGCUCCAUCAGAGCCAAGCGAAGAUCGACCACCUUUCCUGGGUUAACCAGUAUGUCCUUCAGAUAGCAGCAGAGGAAGAGGAGCAGAGAGCGAAGGUUUCACACUUCAUCCUGACAGAUCCCAGUGAGAAGAACACCUCCUGUCAAAGAGACUGAUUUCCUUUUUAUAUCAACGUCCAAAACUCAGACUGACUCUGCAGAUGCUGAACUCAGCACGGUUUGAUUUUGUUUAUUUAUUUAUUUAUUUAUUUAUUUAUAUUUAUUGUUGUUGUUUUUUUUGUUGGGGGGGGGGGGG